AUGAAAAAUAGGGGGUAACAUUUUAUAUUAACUAUGAUUCUAAAAACUAAAUCUUUAGAAUCAAAGAUUUAGGAAUUGGAUUUGGUUGCUUUGGCUAGACAAGUAAAAUUAAAUUAGAAAAUAAUACUCUAAUAACAUUGGGAUAGAUGUAUUUUACAACAUAAAUAUGCUAUGGUUAAGAUUUAAUAAAAUUGCCUUCUUUUAAUAAUUUAUAUGAUAUAAAACAAUUUAUAGUCAGUGGAUACCCUUGUGAUCGAUAAUACUUCUUCUCUUUAGACAGAGAUUAAUGGUACCUUAGAAUUCAAAUCUAUGGUGGGAGUGCAAAAGAUGAUGUUUACAUCUUAGGAUCUAAAAAUUAUUUACCUGUGACUAUAGGAAGAAAUAUUGAUUGUUUGAUUAGGUAUUAUGAUGACAUUCUACUAUCAAAAUAUCAAUGCACAAUAAUUUUUGAUGGGAAUUGGAAAAUUAUUGAUGGAAUUGAAGGAAAAUCAUCAACAAAUGGAACUUGGCUUUAUUUAAAAGAUGAAUAAAUAUUAACCGAAAACAUGAUAUUGAAAACAAAUAAUACAAUCAUGGAAGUGAACUUUAAAUGA